CACGUAAAGUAAUUGACCGUAGAAUAUGGAUAUGAAAAACAAUUACAAAUUGAAAAAAUCUCUGCAACCUAUCAAUCACCAUCCUGGCAUCCUCUUCUAUAAAUACCCAUCUUUUUCUCUUGAUGAAACCCAUAAAACUCAAAAGGAAAUCAAAGAAAUAGCUAAAACCAGCAUGGAUCGCAUAACACUUUCUCUGUGUAUACUAAUCUUGGGCGCGGCCAUCCAUGGCUGCCGUGCCGUUGAAUACACAGUCACCAACACGGCGGCCAACACGCCCGGCGGCGCCCGCUUCAACCAAGUCAUCGGAGAAGAAUACUCCAAACAGGUCCUAGACGCCGCCGCCAACUUUAUAUGGAGGGUCUUCCAGCAGAACUCCCCCGGCGACCGGAAAGACGUUCAGAAAGUGAGCAUGUUCGUGGACGACAUGGACGGCGUGGCCUACGCCAGCAACAACGAGAUCCACGUCAGCGCCAGGUACAUCAACGGCUACUCCGGCGACGUGAAAGGGGAGAUCACCGGCGUGCUGUACCACGAGUCCACCCAUAUUUGGCAGUGGAACGGCAACGGCGCCGCCAACGGAGGGUUGAUAGAAGGGAUUGCCGAUUUCGUGAGGCUGAAAGCCGGGUACGCGCCGAGCCACUGGAGGAAGCCGGGUGAAGGUGACCGGUGGGACGCCGGCUACGACGUGACGGCGCGGUUUCUGGACUACUGCAAUGAUCUCAAGAAUGGGUUCGUCGCUGAACUCAACGCGAAGAUGAAAAACGGUUACAGUGACAGUUACUUCUCCGACAUCCUGGGAAAAACAGUUGACCAACUCUGGACUGAUUACAAGGCUAAAUACAACACUAAUUAACUAACGUCCUUUCCCUAAAUUUGUACCACGAAGAAAGACUGAAACCCCAACUCUAAGGGCCCCCACACCCUAACCCGACAGAGCAUUUGGGAGGAUAAAUUUUCAUAAAUAUAUGUACAACAUCAACAAUAAACAUGGAAGUAGAUUUCCUAAGAUAAUAAAUUCAUCAUUAUUAUUUGAA